UGUCGCAUGACUUCACUGGUUGUUCACUGUUCAAUAAUUUAUUCUUGUACAUAAACAGAAGCGCGAAUAAUAGUGAGAUCAGUUUAUUUUAACACCCAACUGUUGAUACUGUCAUUAAAACAUUAAGAUGCAAACUACGGAUUCUCCAAGGUAGUUCCCAGAUUAGAAAGUCGGUCUUCAACAUGGAUCAAAAUCAGGAAGCUGAAGCUGAUUAUUAUGCACUAAAAAAAUGGGAAUUGGGAUUUUUGAGGCGAGAGUGCGUCAACUUAGGACUGGAGGUGUUCUACGAGAAAUACAUGGCUAGAGUACAGCGGAGCUAUCUAUCGAUAUUCGUGGUACUUCAAACAUUCGUGAGCGUAGCUCAUGUAGUGGUAAUAGUAACGGGAGACGAGCAUCCUUCUGCUGCAAUACAUCCAGACCUCAUAUGCUACACAUUCGGUAGUUUAAUAGUUUGGAUAUCACUGUUUGCCGCAUUCAAAGAAGAACUAGUGAAGGCUCACCCCUGGGUUCCAUAUGUAACAUCUAGUGCAGCUGUUUUCACACUCAUUAUUACAGACCUGAUGAUCCCUCUUUAUCAUGCCGUAGUCAGCUUCAUGAAUCCUCCUCUAAGACCGUCAUAUGCCAGUCACAUAAUUUUUGCAAUUUACAUAUUUCUUCCGUUGGGUGAUAAUCUGCAUGCAAUUAUUCUAGGUAGUGCAACUACCAUUUGUUAUUUAAUCAUAAUGACACUGAUUUCAUAUCGUUUGGAGUCGGAUAUAGCGAUAAAAGUUGUGACAGAACUUAUUUAUUUUAUAUGCUUGAACUUAUUUGGAUUAUAUUUUCGUUUAAUAAACGAAGCGGCGAUUCGAAGAACUUUUCUAGAUAGGCGAGAACUUGUUGAAGGUAAUCUGUUAUUGAAAUUUGCUAGAAAUCAAGAGAAAGAAUUGCUACUCAGCAUUCUACCAGAACACACGGCAGAGCUGAUGGAAAAAGAUAUACGUGUUAUGAUCGAGAAAAUGCGUAAUGGUCGUCGAGAUACAAUCAACACGCAUAAUUUUUUCAGGACUGGAACGCAAUGGAGGUCUAUAAACAAACUUUAUGUUCAAAAGCAUACCAACGUAACAAUUCUGUAUGCAGACGUCGUGAACUACACUUACAUCACAACACAAUUACCAGUGAGAACUCUAGUAGAUGUCCUGCAUGAGCUGUUCGUAAAGUUCGAUGAGGCCGCCAAGGAGUACAACGUACUGAGAAUAAAAUUUCUUGGAGAUUGCUAUUAUUGCGUCUCUGGUGUGCCUAUUAAAAAUAAAUAUCACGCAAAAAGUUGCGUAGAUUUGGGCUUACGCAUGAUCAAAGACAUUCGUGAUGUUCGGAUGUCUCGAGAUUUGAAUAUUGACAUGAGAAUUGGCAUUCAUUCCGGAAGCAUCAUAUCAGGUGUAAUCGGCGCUUGUAAAUGGCAGUACGACAUCUGGUCUAGGGAUGUGAUUAUAGCAAACAAAAUGGAAUCUACUGGCGAAGCUGGUAAAGUACAUGUGACCAUGCAAACAUUGGAGUUGUUAGAUGGCGAAUAUAUUUAUGAGGAAGGGACUGACAAAGCCAAAAUGGAUCCUAUUUUAAUGAAGCAUAAUAUACAAACGUUCUUUAUUGUGCCUCAAUUUUAUGACGAUAGUAGUUACUAUAUGCUUCAAGAUUCUGCUACAAGCAGCCGAUUAUCAGUAGGAGUAAAAAGGAAAACUAUUCAAAAUAAGAAAGAACGAAGUUUAAUAAGUCGAAAUUUCAUGCAAAAUUCAAUGGAACAGUUCCGUGAUAUAAUGAAACAAACCAACGUGGAGAUGGCUCAUGAGCUAGAUCGAAUGCCAAUUGGAAAAUUUCAGUUCAACAAAAUUUUCUCGACAGCGCGUUUGCAUUCACACCAUUCCACAGUAACACACUAUCCAAAUGGAUACACUAAUAACGAUCAUCGCCUGGACAAUAUAUCCCCAUUUUUCAUGUGUUUCGAAAACAAACGUUGGGAGUGGCCCUACAGUAAAGAACCAGAUUUAAUGCUAAAAUAUAGCGUGCUGAUGAGUUUCAUUGUGUUCAUAUGCAUUUUUUCUAUACAAGUUUUCAACAAUGCUUCGGGAUUUUAUUUUUGGGUGGUUAUGCUUACUUCUGGUGUCAUACUGUUUUCGUUUAUCCCUAUAACGUGGUUUAAAAAACUUUGGGAUGUGUAUACUCCAUAUUCAUCGGAAGAUUUACUUAGAGUACGAAAACCUCGAUCAGUAAUUUUGCGGAAAUUAUACGAUUUUUCAAAUAGCAUCAUGGGAAAUUUCACAUUCAGGAUAAUAAUCUAUCUUACCACAAUUAUAAUACUUGUGAUUUGCUCUUUAAUUUAUCUGGUUGAGUGCAGUAAUGAAUCAGAUCAUCUAUUAGAAACUGAUCAAGUCAUAGAACAGAACCAGUUUUACACCUCCAAAAAGCAUUGCACUAAUUCAUGGACUGUUACGCAAUGUCUCACUUUGGCAAUUGGAAUGGCUUUCCUUUUUCUAAGAAUUCACUACCUAUUGAAAGCAGCAUGCGGACUCGCAAUUCUUCUUUUCUACUCAUGGUCGGUUUUCUUUAAACUUCAUUAUAUUUAUAAUAACAGUGCCAGCAUGAACCCGGGAAUGAAUCCGAAAGUUGGUCAUAUAAUGCUGAUUAUUUUCACUGUAAUUAUAUUUCAUUGGAUAGACCGACAAUCCGAAUAUAUUGCGAGGGUUGAUUACAAUUGGAAACGACAACUACUAAAACAAAAAGAAGAGGCUGAAGUUACCAAGCAAACUAAUAAAAUUCUAGUGGAAAAUAUUUUACCCACCCAUGUUGCUGAAAUCUAUAUAAAUCGUCAAUUGAAAAACGAAUUUUACAAUGAAGAGUAUCAAAAUGUUGCUGUUAUGUUUGCAACUAUCACCAACAUGGAGAUAAAUGCUGAUAUUUCAGUGGAGAAUGAGAAAAGCGUUCUUAAGGUUUUGAAUGAGAUUAUUUGUGAUUUUGAUGAAAAAUUGCAAUACUUUGAUGGUUACUUAAAAGUGGAAAAGAUUAAAGUUGCUGGAUGGACCUAUAUGGCAGCUUGUGGACUAGAUCCAGGUCGCUGCGAUUCAUCGUCUUCCCUUGGAACGUUUGGCUCAGUAUCGAGUAUUACGCGAACAUCUUUAAUGACUAAUGGUAGGCGGAGUUUAAAUCCGAGAGCAUCGGACGCAGAUAACCAGCCCUCAAGUAGAAACAAUUCUAAUAGUAGACAAAGCAAUAACGUAACGAUUGUUAUGACCGAGUUUGCUUUAGAGCUAAUGAAGGUUCUGCGAGAUUUUAGCAAUGAAAACUUCAAACAGGCGAAUCCUGGAUUACUUAGAGUAGGCAUUUCUAACGGCAAAGUAAUGGCUGGUGUCGUAGGGUCAAGUAAACCUCUCUACGAUAUUUGGGGUAAUGCCGUCAAUAUGGCAUCUAGAAUGGAUUCAACUGGAAUCCCAGGAAGAAUUCAAGUAACAAAGGAGAGCUCUGAGAUUUUGAGAAAUUACGGAUAUCAAUGCGAAUAUAGAGGUCAAAUUUUCGUUAAAGGUAGAGGGAAAAUACCAACUUACUUUGUGAACAUUGACAAUAAUUUUGAGUUUGUCAAAAAUAGAUCAGUAGAUGACUUGUCGACUAAAUUGUAGAAUCACGAUGAUACAAUAAAUUGAGCAUCUCUAAGUUCAAACAAA